AUGGGUCAAAAUAGUUCAAAAUUAUCAAAAAGUGAUAUCGAUUUCAUCGCACAAUCAACCAAUUUUUCAAAAAAUGAAGUAGAAACACUCUAUCAAGAUUUCAAAAAGAAUGAUAAGGAUGGUAAUGGUUCAUUUGAUAGAAAAGAGUUUGUUACUUUUUUCAAAUCAAAAUUAACAAACUAUCCAGAAGAUCAAUUGUACAAAUUAUUCGAUGCUUUCGAUACUGAUAAGAGUGGUAGUAUUGACUUUAAAGAGUUAUCUACUGCUUUGUCUGUUAUCAGCAAAGGUUCCGCCGAAGAAAAAUUAGCUGUUCUUUUUGACAUUUACGAUGAAGAUAAAUCUAAUACUCUCGAGGCUAAAGAAGUUACCAAAAUGAUCAACCUUAUGGUUAGUAUUGGUGUUAGCAUUGGUAGACCAGAAAGUGAUGUUAAAAUUUUUAUUGUUAAAUUAAUUGAAAAAAUCGAUGCUGAUAAGUCCCAAUCAAUCAGCAGAGAAGAAUGGAUCAAAGAGGGUUCAAAAAGUCCAUCAUUAUUAACUCUUUUGGGUAUUUAAAAUAAAAAAAUAAACUUGUAUAACAUGUAAUUUUCUAU